AUACUCAGGAACAGUUCCAAGUUGAACAAUCUCAUUCUCUACAGCUUUCUACUGAGUAAUCGUAAGAAGUUGUAAUUUGUUAUAGUGCCACCAAAGAGAUGGUGGAUAUGAAAACUUGUGUGUUUUAUUUGAUAGAAAUAGUGUCUGUUUGUUCAAUGUUGGUAUCCUGUCAAGCUGGUUUUAUAGGUGACGAUGGAGGCUGGCAGGAGGGUACUGCCACAUGGUAUGGCCCUCCCCCUCCGGAUGGGGAUGGAAGCGAAGGUGGUGCAUGUGGAUAUGGAGGACUAGUGAAAACAAACAUGUUCAAUUCAAGAAUAGCAGCAGUGGGUCCAGCCCUCUUUGUUGAAGGGAAAGGCUGCGGAGCUUGCUACCAGGUAAAAUGCAAGAGUGGAAUAUGUUCGCAAAAUCCUGUUAGUGUGGUGAUUACUGAUGAAUGUGGCGGAUGCAACGAAACACAUUUUGAUCUUAGUGGCAAUGCCUUCGCCGGAAUGGCAUAUCCUGACAAUGCUACGGAGCUUCUUGAUGAAGGUCUUGUGGAUAUCUCCUUCAAACGGGUAGCCUGUGAUUAUGAAGGAAAUAACAUCACCUUCAAAGUUAGUCCACAUGCUACGGCUUACUGGUUCUCCGUGCUGAUUGAGUAUGUAAACGGAGCUGGUGAUAUUGGGUCUGUCUAUCUGCAGCAGGCAGCAUCUGAUGGGUGGGAAGAAAUGACAGAGCAGUCGGGAGCUAAGUGGGCUUUGGAUAGCGGGUCAUAUCUGAAAGCUCCAUUUUCUAUUCGCGUGGAAUCUCUUUCCUCUGGAGAUAUACUCACUGCAUAUGAAGUUAUUCCAGAGAAUUGGAAUGCUGGGGAUACAUACACAUCACAUGUCAAUUAUGAUCCAACCCUCCUGCAAGAAUUUUAAAAAUACAAGCAUAUUAGUAACUAAAUAAAUAAAAUAAUAACAAAGGUGAUUUGGGAAGCAACAUCUGCAAUCAAGCUUCUUUUAUGUAACUCAUCGCAUUUAUAUAACUAUGGCACACAGACUAAAAUUUUUCUGCUUA